AUGGAAAAGGACAGUUUCGCGCGAUUUCUGGAUGCCUCAUGGCAGGCGUUUCGAGACCAGGUGCUGGACGCCUACGAAGUGGGCAAAGCCGGACCGAAUCUCGAGAGGAAAGUCGCGGAGCUGGAGCUUCAGUUGCAAGCUGUUCGGCGUGCACAGGAGGUUCCAAAGAGUGAACGCUUUGUUCUUUCAAACCGCAUCUCUGAUGCCAGUUCAGUCUCGAGGAGUAUGGGGAGUAUUGACAGGACUGUCAGUGUCGGUAUGAAGAGCGAUCUAAGCGAUCUCUCGAACCGCGAUGUGAAGUCAGCGUCAAAGAGCGGCUCAGUACCCAUGGCGAACGAUGGACGACCUGCAUCGCCAAAUGCGACGCCGCCCUCCAGUUCACCAGGAAGCCUGGAAAUCCAGCAGCCACCACCAUUGAUGCUGCUACCCCCAGACGAGGAUAGCCCCAGCGUGAAUUCUCCACAUUCACCGCAGUCACCACAAUUCACAGCACCUUUUCUGGGCGCUGGGCUGAAAGGCCUCUCAGCAGAAGAAUCCAAAAAAAUUCGGCACCGCUUGCGGGUUCGCCUAGGAUUGAUCUCUUCACAAGUGCUCGUCUCGGGGAAGGCACUCCACGACGCUGUGGCCUCCUUAGGUCUCACUCGCUAUGAGCUUGCAGACUACAACGAGAUGGUGAACCUCAUCGCGGAUUUCAUAGAGUUGGACUUUGCGGAGAAGGAAAUGCGCCCGAGUCGCUUGUCACACGACUCGGAGACGCGGAAUCGGAGCAUCUUUAGCCUCCAAGCGGAGUCGCAGGACUUGGUGGCCAAGCUUGGAAUGCCCAUCUGGCAUUGGCCCAAGGUGCAGCUUCGCGAGUCAAACCGCAUCCAGCGCGCCGCGUGGAUGCAAACCUUUAUGGACCGCCAAGCGGUACGUAAGGAGUGUGUUGUGCCUACCGUGGCGCUGCAGGAGUUGUUCUUCGCACAGGAAUGGGAGGUCCACAGACAGAUCCUGGGAAAUGGAAAGCUACUGAAGCAGUUUCAAGCCAUGAAAGAAAUCUUGCUAGCUGGUGACACCAAUCGAUUAGUAGCAGAGCUGACCUUCGUUCGCAUUAAUGACCUGGCUGCCCCUCCUGAGCCGGUUCAUCCGUUGGUCUACAUCGAGCCUUUCGUGGCCUUUUUGAUUAUUCUCAAUGGCGUCAUGAUUGGUUUGCAGACGGAAGAUUCCCUAGAAGACUGGGACGGAUGGGUUUAUCUGGAGUCGUCGUUUGCCGGUUUCCUCAUCCUGGAGAUUCUCCUCCGCUUGCACUUGCUGCGUUGCAAGAGAUUCUUUUGCGGCCCAGAGAAAUUCUGGAAUUACUUUGAUGUGCUGCUGAGCAUCACUGGCGUAACAGAUUGUUUGGUGCAAUUGCAAGCCGGCACAGACAUUUUCGGAACUUCUCUACUGCGCUUUUGCAGACUAAUACGCCUGGUGCGUAUCGUCAAAGUUUUCAGAUUGAAGUUUAUGCGCGAUCUACGACUGAUGGUCAAAGGCCUUGUUGCAGGCCUUCGUACCCUGGCUUUGGCAUUUUCUUUGCUGUUCUGUGUGAUCUAUGUGAUCUCAGGCUUCGCCACCAUGACCAUCGGUACCUAUCCGCGCACGAGGGAGCUGGAGCUGGACGAUUACUUCAAGACCUUGCCAGUGACGAUGUUCACGGCCUUCCGGUGCUUCACAGGGGAAUGUGUCAACAGCCAGGGCUUUUCGCUGACUGCCAUUCUCGCCCAAGAGUAUGGUUUGCUUUUUGGUUUGGCAUAUGUGGCCAGCUAUAUGCUUGUGGCAAUGGGUAUCUUCAACGUCAUCCUGGCAGUGUAUGCAUUUUGGAAGAUGCUAGUGACUGCUAGUGACUUGCGCGUUUUGGAAGGGCACUAA